UUGUAAUAUGACUAUUUUAUUAUUGACUAACAGAUUUUCGUUCGGAAAUUUCUGUCAAUAGUUUUUAACAAUAAUGCUGUGGGAUCCUUUAUGGUAUAAUAAUUUAAUCCUUGUUACAGUUAUUAAACCACCACUUAAUUUUGCCGUGCUUUUAUAUCUAGACUAACACAAUAUAUAAAGUCAUCAAUAAAUAUAGUCGUGGGUUUUAUUCAAAGAAUCAUAGAAUAUUUCCGUUUAAAAAUAUAUAUUGACUUGAAUAGCUAACUAAGCCAACCAGUCUAGAUGGUUCAUAAAACGUCGUUACUAUUAACUCAUAUGACUGUUGUUUACUGUUACGGUGAGACGUAAAUCUUGGGCAACUGGUUGCAGUGCAUCCGUAAGAAGACUAUUGAUGUGGUGUGUUAUUGGGUCUCGACCGGUAGUCACAUGCUAUCAAAAGUGAUUCUAAAAGCAAAUCGUCCUUUUCUUUCAUUGGAUCUCAAAUUUUUGAUCGCAUAAUAUUCCAGAUUUUUGUAGUCAUUGAAAUUUAAUAUCUUAAUAAUACCUAUUUUUUGCAUAGUUUAAUGUCGGGUCAGCUGUCGAAAUCAUGCACAAUCAUGCAGGAUCCUGUCUCAAAUCCAAAUACUGAAGAGGCCACUUAUGAUAAUGACAAAAAUUCCCAUGGAAGAUGUACUUCAUCAUUAUAUGAAGAUGAUGUGAAAGUUAUGGAAGUGAAGGAAAAAAACCUGGCCUCAUCAUAUCAAGAUUCUCAGUACACGCGAUCUUCUGAUGGUUCACAAUGUUCAGUUGGACGUAGUAAGGAUAGUCCUAUGGAAAAUAUUUCACCUUCCGAUAUCUCAUCAAAUAAUCAGGCAAAUGGAGUCCGUUGGCGUCAUUGUGUAAACAAUGGUCAAGAGAUGUACAUUAACGAUGCAACUAAUGAAAAAUGGGUUCCAGCAACUGAUCAAUAUGGAAAAACGUAUUAUUAUGAAUUAAACACUCGUCAUUCCGUAUGGGCACUUGAAGAUUUAGAAACAUCAGUUACAGACGCGCCACAUUCGUCCGACUCAUUGAAUAAUUACUUGGAUAUUAAUGAACCGAAUUCUUCUAAGGAAGCUCUCGACUGUUCAGUAUUUGAAGAUGAAAACAAUAGUUCUUAUGUUGAUCAAUAUCCAUCUGUAUCUAGAAUGUCAAGUAUCAGUAAAGUUAAUCGGAGAACAAUGAGUCAAUCUAAAGUGUCUCAUCGAAAUUCACAUAUACCUUCUGAAGUUUGUUCAGCGCAAGUUAUCAAUCGACCUUUCAGUUUAGUCAGUCUUGAUGAUCAAGAUCAAGGAGGUGGACGUUUUCAGAUAAAGAAUCUAAGCAAAGAACAUAUCAGUGGACCAAGUGAAAAUAAACUUACGCACUUUGAACGACGUGGUGCAGUUAUUCGUACAAUGUUAAUUGAAAAUGACAAACGUAUAUCAAAAAAAUGGAUACCAGGUGUAUUACAUCUUAGUGGUCCAUUACUUUUUUUAUAUAAAGAUAAUAAGCCUUCUUUACCUAAAUUACAUCAACCACUUGGUAAACCUGAUGUCCAAUUCAACAUUAGAGAGGUAAAAGUUAGCGAAGCAAACGGUGAACAAACAUCAAGAAAGAAUGUGCUCAAAAUUGAAUGUGAAACUGCUGGAAAGUUGAAUGUUUAUUUAGUACAAAUCCCAGCCAUCGAUUAUGAAUCGUGGAAAGCUGCAAUACGAUAUGCAAAGGAUAUUUUGAAUGAAGAUCAUGGAGUCACGUUAGGACGUUCAUUAACCAGAUAUGAUUCGGGACAACCUUCUGUGCUCGAUAAAAAAUUAUUGGCAAAAUUGCGUGAUUUUUUUAGAACAAGACCAACUGCUGCAUCCCUACGAUCUCGCGGUAUUUUAAAGAAUGAGUCUGUAUUUGCAUCGACAAUCAUGCAAAUAUGUGAGAAUGAAGAUUCUGAUGUACCUAAUUUUAUUGUUCGUGCAAUUCGUGCUAUUGAAGCUCGAGGACUUGAUCAUGUUGGGAUUUAUCGAUCAAGCGGAAAUGGUGCUACAAUCCAAAAACUUCGUUGCGCCGUUAAUCAAUAUAACUACAGUUUAAAUUCUGAAAAAUGGAGUUUAGAAGUAUUAACAGGGGCAUUGAAAUUAUUUUUUCGUGAACUUAAAGAACCACUUAUAACAUUCAAAAUAUAUCCAGAAGUUGAUCAACUAUUAGGUGAUAAUGAUACAGCGCCAGAUUUAAAAGUGAUUAGAAUGCGAGAAUUGAUCAACUCUAUGCCUGUCCCACAUAUCAACACAUCUCGAAUAUUUUUUCAUCAUUUGUACAGAGUAAUGCAAUUGUCCAGUAUCAACCAAAUGCAUUCUUACAAUUUGGCUAUUGUUUUCGGACCCAGUUUAAUUUGGCCAGAAGUAGAGUCUGUCGCAUAUAGAGCACUUAAGUCUGUACAGGUCCCAUGUAUAGAAUAUCUUCUUACACAUGUAGAGGAAAUAUUCGGACCAGUAACCCCACCGCCAGUUAUUUCAUAA